GAAACGACCUUCAGAAAACAUGGAGGACAAGGAGCGAGUAAUUUUAGUGCAGAAAAACUGGUCAAAUAAUUUGCUUUUUCUAAUUUUUUGUACGUCCUUACAUACUCUUGUUAACAAGGUACAGUAUAUAGCUAACUUUUGUACAAUAGGAAUAAUAUACCACUUGUGAUUGCGGUUUAAUCGGUGAAACUUAAACACGUGUGCUGCGUAUUUCGGAACAUUCGGCCAUUCCAUUUAAAGUAUAUAUCCCCCCCCCCCUAUGGAUGAGUUCAAUAAAAUUUGAAUCCCGAAGAAAAAAUAUCAAAGUCUGCCUUAUCCCUCAGAAAAAACACAAAGAUCAAAGGAUGCCGAUGCACAUGCACAACACAACCCCUCAGAAACAGCUUUUCAACCCCCGUCAGAAAUUCUCGGCCAUGGCAUGAGGGAGAGGGGAUACAUGAAAUGGAAUGGCCCUUCGGUAAUUAAUUUAAGAAUUACAUGUAAGUUUUUUAUAAAUACAGUUUGCCUCAAAAUGGACUUAUUUGUAUAUUUUGACUUUUUAAUUUUUCAGUAUGUGCUUUCCGUUCUGAAGUUUCAAUACCCCACGUUGUUUAUCAGGUAUAUACAUUGUUAUAACGUCGUUUAUUAACACAGUAGAGUAAUUUUGCUCAUUUGAACGAAUUGUGAAAUCAUAGUGAUCUGCUCUCCAGGCUGCAGUCUGCACCAAAGGAAUUCAAGUUGAAUGCUGACACACACCAUUGCAGACACCACCUGGGAGUUCCAGACUCUAAAGUUUGGCUUGUGCGGGGACAGAAAUUUUACAGAACAAGUUUCCCGCACAGAAAUUUUAGGAAACACAGCGCAUUUUCAGGAAAAUUCUACAAAAUCUGCAUAUUUUUGAUGAACUAAUGAUUUAUUUUGUCUCAUACAUACAUGUUGGCCCUUGCUAAAAGAGGUAGAGAAAACUCUGAAAAUGCCAUUACAGACGAUCCAGAGAUUCCAAAUUUUCAAAAUUUUUCUACUCGACACCAACCAUAGUGGCAUCUUGUGGAAGUUAUGCAACCAUUCUCAAAUGUUCUGUCGAACAUUUCCAUGCAACUGCCAUUUACGACGGAAAAGUUCCCCGUGCAAAAAUAAUACUUUACAGUCUAGUGGCCUGAAUGACUUUUUGUUAACCGGCCAUUAGGUUAAAAAUAUUAUAACCUAUUAAAGACGUACUGUACAACUGAUCUCAACUGAAGAAACCAUAGAGAAUUUAAGGCCACUCUGCUGUGGCUUGAGGCAACUACCUGUAUACUCCCUGAAAAGUUCUGAUCAUACUUUUGGUAUUGGACAGUGCCGAUUGUGUUGCGACCUUGAUCUGGUUGUUCACCAGUAAUUAAGCCAAAACUAACACCAAAGUUUUUUUGUAUAUGGCUACAUGGAAAUAAUAAAUAAUGCAGAACAAAAUCGGCAUUAUGCAUGCAGAUCAGUGAUGUAGAUCCAUUAUAUUUUUGUUGUACCUUGAAACAGUAUAAUGACAGUGUUAUACAUCUGUUUGAAUGGUGUAUUAUUUUUUACUUAUCAUGGUUUAAACUUUUAGCUGGCAAUGUGGUAUUUGUGUUUUCCUUCUAAUGUCCGCUCAUGUGUUUGGAUACACAAAACUCUCAAGUAUUGAUAGGUAAGGCAACAGAUUUGUCUGAGAUGGUAGAUAUGUAUGUGCAUGUAUUGGUUAGCACUACAUGUCUAGUAAAUCUUAUUAUCAUACUGCGGAUUCAGGUAGACCGUGAAAUGCGAAUAGUUGUCGCGUUAGUUUUAACAGUUGCACGAUGACGUUUCUAGGCAGAUUUUCGACGUUUCUAUGGCGUGGCUUCAACGUUUAUUUUUAAAAUUUGAACGUUGUAAUUACAAGGUAAUUGCUAAAUAAUAUACUUCAAAAUAAGGUUUCCGUUUUUAUAACGUAGAAAAAAUCAUCCUAACGCAAAACUAAACCCUUACCUAACCUUAACUUAUUUAAAAAAUUGAUAUAAAAACGGAAACCUUAUUUUGAAGUAUAUUAUUUAGCAAUUACCUUGUAAUUACAACGUUCAAAUUUUAAAAAUAAACAUUGAAGCCACUCCUUAGAAACGUCGAAAAUCUGCCUAGAAACGUCAUCGUACAACUGUUAAAACUAACGCGACAACUAUUCACAUUUCACGGUCUACCUGAAUCCGCAGUACCUGAUAACUUUACAGUCACAAUGACUCUCAAAUCCCCUGCAGCUCAGGCAUAAGUACAAACUGUAGUCAUACAGUACAUGAAUGUACUUUUAAUACCUAUACCAAUUUACAUAAUUAUACAGAUUCAUGUUGAAAGUAUUAUUCAAAAGUAUUACAAUUGUGACUUACAUAUUUUGUGAUACACUCAAGUCAAUGAGUUAUUUUAUUAUUUUUUUUUCAAGAUCUGUGUUAAAGAUGUGGUUACCAAGCAUGGUUUUACAUACUGGUGUCAUGUAUUUUGGUUCUGUGUCCUUGUCUAAACUGGUAUGUAAGUUUGGACUAUUUAUACAGUACUAACAGUAUUAUACAGUAUCAUUAACCCAUUGACUGGCAGCUAGCACUCUCCACUAGCUUGACAAGUAAAAUUGUCUGACGUUAGACAGAGUAAAAUACUAAAGACAAAAGUUAAAGGCACAUCAGGGUUUGCAGCCAUGUCCCCCCAUGCAUGUGGGUAUGUGGAAUUCAAGAUUCCUAUCUGCAUACUUACAUUAAUUUUGGUGGUACCAUUAAUAUGACCUAGCUUUCCAAGGUGUCCAAAACUGUAAUUUAGUCAGUACCAUAUUAUCUGUUUAAGUCUGACAUGUCUCAAACGUGGCAUUAAACAUUGUAUGGUAUGGACUGGUGGGCUAAUUAAAGAAUGUUAGAUUCAAUUGUAAAGCCGGUUUGUUACCUUGUACUGUACAUACUUUAUUUAAACACCAGGGGCCGGUUGUAUAAAACUCUUAAUCACUUUUUUUUAACCACUAUUUUGUAGUUAAAUACUGUAGUGAUUAAUUAUAACUCUCAAAUAGAUGCUUCUUAUUGGAUGACGUUUGCACUUAAUCAUUGAUAGUUAACUUUAAUUAAUCACUUUGUUAUACAACUGGCCCCGGGUACACAUUGAGUAUUAAAUUUGUACCUGUUCAAGUAUGUGGCAAUAAUCAAAUUGUUGAAAGAAAAUUACAAGAAAACUUCCCAGAUGACGUACUGUAUUAUGGAUGAAUGACCCCACACUUAAUCAAUUCACUCUUUAUUAAAUAUAGUAAUUUUCUUACUUUCUACACUGUAGGCAAUUCCAAUAUUUAUUGGUCUUCAAAAUUUAGCAUACUUGUGUAUAGAAUUUUUAAACUUUUGGAAAUCAAAAUUGGUAAGGUUGAAACUCAGUACUUUUUGAAAACAAGAAUUAAAUAUUAUUGACAUGAAAUUAGCAUGCAAUCGGGCUGAAAGCAUUAUGUAAUGGGUAAUUGACUUACUUGAAGAUAUUGACACAAUAUUGGGCAUGCAGAUAUGCAUGAACACACAUGGGCAGAAUUUUACUUGCCAAGUAAAAUUGUCUGUGAGUAAAACAUUCCCUGUGAGAGGAAAUUGGAGCGCCUGCCUGUGGAGAAAACCCACAACUUUUGGUAGAGCGUUGACUGACUCUUCACAUAACUGUCAUUUAAGUUUGAUGUGAGGAUUGAAACCACCCCACUGAAGCUUAACAGUUUAGUCUGCCCAUAUUUAAGGGGGGCAUUGGAGGGUAUUCAAUACCGUAAUACUGCAAGCAAAUUUUGUCAAUUACCGCAGUUGUUGAGUGCAAAAUUGCAAAUACAGUGUACCGCAAGAUUUCAAAUAUUGUAUUACAGCAAUUUUUCAAGGAAAAUACCGUAAGAAAAAUAAGCUAUAUAAUACCGCCAUGCCGUAAAUCCCAAUGUCCCCCUCCAUAUUGUACAUGUACAGUAUGUGGAUGGAUUAAGAACAAAGAAACUAAGCUAGUAUGUUUUUGCUACUUUCUUUAUAGCUUCCCACAAUAACUACACAAAUAAGGUAUUAAAAAUUAAAAAGUUAUAAUUUACACAUUAGAAAUUUUGAACUGAUGGUUUAUAAAAUUUGCUGAAUCAUUUUUUAUCAUGAUAUUGAUUUUUAGUUUGGUUGUGAUUGGAUUUGGAGCUAUCUAUCUUUUUUAUUCUAUUUUUAAAGUAAGUUAUAAAAAGUCACCUAGCUCUUUACUUUUCUAAUCGUUAUAUAGUAUACUUACUGCAGGAUGGAUCCAACAUGAUCUGGUAGGGGGCCCGGAUGCUCUGCCAGCUCUGCAUGCAUGGUGCCGAGUUCAGUGGCGAGUUGUGUUGGUCAUGUGUGCUGCCCACCCAUCAACUUGCUUCACUACUGCAAAGUCUUGCUUGACCACUGUAUUUGAAUUGUAAUCAUUGUUCACUUGACAGUUUGCUGAUCAUCAUGUUAUUACUCAAAUUACUAUUUCUCAUAUUUUUUUGCUUCAUCCUGAAAAAUAGCACCCCCCUGCACCCCCUCUGGCCAUGGCUAGGUGGACCCCCCAAGUAAUACAUCCCUGACUUACAGUAUAUCAUAAUAUUGUCAUUAGUCUAAAACUAAUGCAAGUCUAACUUUCAAUUUAGACAAAUCCAGUUGCAUACAUGUGGAUUUCCGCAUAUAUUUUAUGUUUAGGUAAACAAUUAUAAACAAUGUAUCUACUAAUAAUAUAAUAAAGAUUUUUUUCAAUCUCCUUAGCAAAUUUGAAUUUAUUUGCCAAAGUUACCCUUUAACUGUAGUCCACAGGGAUUCAAAAGCACCCAAGCCAAAACCAGUUUGUGGGUGUCAUUUUGAACAAACCUAGGAUAUUGGAUUACUAUUUUUUUAUUAUACACAUGUAUAGUCUGGAGACAAUGUACUGUACAUGUACUAGAAAGAAAAUAAUCUUUUGUCUUAAUUCAAAGCAUUGAUUUAUACCAUACACUGUAUAGUUACACAUGUUUAAACGUUUAAGAGGCAAUUUUUUUCAAUGUCACGUAUUUGCAAUGAAAAGUGUUCAAAACCUAAAAUCUCUUUGGCGUUCCUCUCAAAAUUACUUUGUUUUAGCUUUAUUCUCUAGUUUAUAGAGUUACCUACCUUUUUAAAUGCAUCUGCCGGUUGAGAAACAUAAAAUAAUAGUUAAAAAUUGUCAAUUAAAUGAUGCUUUAAAAUUGACGCCAUAUUUACAGCCAUAUAAGCAAGACUUGCUGAACUUCAGACAUCAUUUUCUUUUUGGCGUAUGAUCUAAAAUCUCUUCAUUUUAGCGUUAUUUUACAGAUAAAGCACUAAACAUACUUUUUAAGUUUGUUUGCCGAUUGAGAAACGUAUUAAAAAAUAAAAAUUUUGAAUUUAAUCAUAACCUCAAGUGGUAUAUUAUACGCAUUAGUUUUGAGCGCGUGUUACGUAACAUACUGUACAAAAAAUCUCCUCUUAAACUUUUAAUAUAAUUUUUCUACAGGUCUUUAUACACUAUUCCUUGAAAUCAUGAAUAAUACAAAAUUAAGGUACCGAAUUACAAUUAACAGCUUAUGUACUGUACCAUACAUCUUGUUACAUUCUAUUUAUUUGUCCGAAAAUUUGCAAUCUAGCAUGCUCAGAAAAGGUGGAUAAUGAUUAAUGUCUAAUGACUGACUUGUGUGUCAUAGCCCAUAGGUAAUUCUUGAUUAUAUAAAUGGUAGUAAAUAAAUUAUUAAGAGAAAAUUAUAAGGAUUUCGGUAGUUUUUAACAAACUAUUUUUGUUAUGUUCUAGUGGCGUGGACAGAAUCUUUUAUAAUUCCUUAUUCUGGUAAGGUCCUAUAGACUUACGACUUUUAAUAUAAGUAGUGCAACUGUACUUAAAAAUAAUCUAGUACUAACAAUAACAUUUUUUUUACUUUUUACUUUUAGUGUAAUUUUCCUGACUGUACUCAGUAUCAUAACAAGUAUGUUCUAGACUAAUAUAUCACAGUAAGGGCAACUUUGCACACUAUUGUAUAUACACUGAGAUUGCCUGUCAAAAUAACAAGCUGUCCUACAAAUAAACCUUAGAAAUAAACGUAAAUUAAGUGUUCCAAUUUCAGUAGAACAAAUAGAUUGAAGAUAAGCCUCGUACUGAUAUACUGUACUGUGUAGUAACUCAAAUAAACAGACCUUCUUUUAGGAUAGUUUUAACCAAAGACGCCGGAGGAGGAGGGGCAGCCGCCCCCGUUGCCCUUUACCAUGAGGGGCAAAGGUGCCCUUUCAAUUUAAAGGAUUGCUUUGUCGAAAUAGCGAAUUGUCAGAAAUGUUAGUGCAAUUAUUUUACGAAUUUGCUUCAGAAAACGCAAGUAAUGCAGUCAUCGAGCUUCAAGAAUAGCACAAUCGCCUGGCAGAGAACCCCCUCACACCCCUAUGUUUUGCAAACAUCUCUUUAAGUUAGUAUAUAUCAAUUCAAAAGUGCCCUUUCACGAAAAUCUGCCCCCCUUGCCUUCACAUCGUUCCGGUGUCCCUGGUUUUAACAAUUUAAUUCAUACUAUUGUAGAGUUCUAACAAGUAACAACAUACUACUGUACAGUAUAUGUAAAGAUUUUAAACAAUUCCACUUUUGGCUGUAAUUUUACGGUAAUCUAAAUUUGUCUGAUGUUAAUUUGUUAUUUUUUUCUUUAUCAGGAGAAUGGGUAAAUUUUUUUGAGUUUCCUUCUCGUCAUCAUGGUAGAUUUAUUUUCAGCUGUUGGUGCAGGUUUGUUCACCAUGGUUCUCAUUUUGUCCUGUUAGCCAUUCCGAAGUUAAUGAGAGGAUUGGGGACUAGUGUUAAAAAGUGCCCAAAUUAAGAAAUGAACCAAAUCACCAAAGAGACCACCUCAAAAUUUGUAAGUAUACAAAGUUUGAAGACGUUUACAUGAAUAUCCUUUGAAUAAUAAGCUAAUUCCAAAAUUGUGAAAUUACUGAUUAAAAGAUUGUUUUUGGGACGCGCGUCCCAAAAACAAAAAUUACAAUGCAUUUCAUAGUAAAUAUCACGAUCUUCGAAAGCUUAUUAUUCGAAGGAUAUCCAUGUAAACGUCUUCAAACUUUGUAUACUUACUAAUUUUGAGGAGGUCUUUUUAGUGAUUUGGUUCAUUUCUUAAUUUGAGCACUUUUUAACAAUCGUCCCCAGUCCACUCAUCAAUUUCGGAAUGGCUGAUUAACCCUCUUGAACUUUUUUCAUUGUAUCAUAAUAGAUGCUUCCAGCUAUAUAGACUAAAUUUUGAUCUCGACAAGAAGAAUAAAAUCCAUCACCACAGCUAGAAAGAGCAUGUUCAAAUUAGUAAAAUUGCAAAGUUUGGCCGCGAAAUGUUGUAAAAUGCGGAAAAUAUAGACCUGCAAAAUUUGCAAAUUUUGUAUUAAUUUUUAGUAUUUUUGCACAAGUGAACAUAACAAAUCCUACAAGGUGAUUGGUCAAAUUUGACGUAUUAAUCUGUUAUAUUCACCUACAGGUGAAUAUAACAAACUCGAAAUUUUCAAAAUGGCGACUAACCGUUUUGUUGAAGUUAGUGAUAAAGAAAUAGCGAAAUCAAAAUGAAUUCAGACCAGAAAAACACAAAAAAACUUGUGCAACAAUACUAAGAGAAUUAUUCGCCUCAGGCUCGGUGAUUAUCGGGGAAUAUUCACCUCGACAUCGUCUCGGCGAAUAUUCCCCGAUGAUCACCUCGCCUUCGGCGAAUAAUUGUUAAGUAUUACGCGCGGGAAAAAGCACCACAUUUUGGCCGAAAGUGGUGCAUUUCCCCGUGCGUAAUAAAUAAUACAAAUUAAUACAAAAUUUGCAAAUUUUGCAGGGCUAUAUUUUCCUAAUUUGUAACAUUUCGCGGCCAAACUUUGCAGUUUUACUAAUUUUAGCACACUCUUUCUAGCUGUGGUGAUGGAUUUUGUCCUCUUGCCUAGAUCAAAAUUUGUCUAUAUAGCUGGAAUCACCUAUAUUGUAUAAUAGAUACUGUAUGUAGUAUAUAAACAAGGCAUUUAGUAUGUAAAGCACAUAACUAGACAUAUCUAGUAGAGAGAAUGUCCACCAAGCUUUGGUCAAGGCGUGACACUUACCGUUGACCUAAUCUGCAGUCUUGCUUCAUAAUUUCACAAUUAUUUUACUGUCUCAUUUUCCCUCUACUUAAAUUAUGUUUCUAAUUGCCUUGUCAAACCCAAUAAAUGGAAUUGACAAGGACCCCUCCCCUUGCCAAGGCUUGGAGAGGUGCAGACUCCCGCACCCGUACCCCUACCCCAGGAGAUAUAUUUUUUCAUGACAAAGUGAAUUCGCAGUUUUCAUUGAAUUUUAUGUGUGUCAAAUUCUGUAGUGGGAUUCUUUAUUGCUUGGCAUCAGUUUUACCACAUAUUCUCACAAAGGAGACAUCCUCAGAAAUGCUUGAAGCUGGAAUGACCUCAGGCAGGGUAGGGCGCUAUAACAGUCUAUGAUAAAUACAGUAUCACGCGCAGUGCGAUGAAUGGAAUUUCAAUAGAGAGUUUAUUAAUAUAAGAUCAAUGACGCGGUAAUUACGCAACGACGAAUGGAGAAAUUCUUGAUGCGAGACAAAAAAUAUAAAUACUGUAAUUUGUGAUGUCAGAGGAAUCCUCAAUUAGCCAUUUCGCAAAGUCCUGGGUCUAGUCGCAAGAAUCCCAUGUUCGAGGGACAAGAAAUAUGGCAGCACACAUUUAAAGUAAAUGUUUAAUGUAAAAAGGGGAUAUUUCAUUUUUGGUCGUGUAAAAAGUUGAUAUUUGAUAGCAGAUACUUCAGUCUACUCUUUCACAUAUUUGACGCCUGUCACCAUAUUUUGUCCCUCCAAACGAUCCCAGAAUGUACUGUGAUUUGUUUUGGAAAAAGGCUAAUAGUGUUGUCAUUCUCAACACAACGUUUAUAAACAAAGCUUUCGUACGACGUUGGAACAACGUGAAAGCUUAUUGUGACGUUGGAGGUGUUACAUACUGUAUACAAAACAAGAAAGUGAAACUCCAAAAAUCGAUAACAUUUUUAUUUAUCUACGUUUCGACUAUAUUUCAGUCAUCAUCAGGAUAAACUAGCUGGGUUAUACAUCAAAAGCAGUAUUUAUAUGAAGAAAAAAAAUUGUUACAUACUGUAGUCAGCCUUUUAGUAGACACCGCAUCAUCUUUCCUGAGCUUACACUGUACUGUAGCUGUUUGUAAGGUGAUUUUCAAACGAAGUGACUAGACAGCCGGCAAGCCGGCUUUUUAGUAAACUGCUGGCUAUAUGUAUAGUAACUAUAGUUAAAUAUAAAAUCUUUUGUUUGCGCUAGCUUUUACCGAGCUUGCCGUUAGCAAGUACUGUCCUAAUGAAGUACUGUACUAACGAAAUAUUAUAUUUUUCUAGGUUUUAGUUUCUACGAUUUCCGCCGGUAUUUUUGAGGCAACUCUCAACGCGCCAUCUUCAUUCAG